UCAUUCCCAUUUCUUCCUCGUAGCUCUGCUGCCUUUCUCCUUCCAUUUCAAAGCAGUCACAAGAAGAAGCCCAAAACCUCCCAGUGAUUUUGGUUGCCUCUGAAUUGCGCGAUACCAGUGAGGAGGAGGACGACGAAGAAGACGAUGGGAACUCUGGGGAAAGCCAUUUACACCGUUGGAUUUUGGAUCCGUGAGACGGGUCAGGCAAUCGAUCGCCUUGGCUGCCGCCUCCAAGGGAGGUAUUUCUUUCAAGAACAGCUGUCUAGGCAUCGAACUUUGAUGAACGUAUUUGAUAAGGCUCCUGUUGUUGACAAGGACGCGUUUGUGGCUCCAAGUGCAUCCAUUAUUGGGGAUGUCCAAGUUGGAAGUGGAUCAUCUAUCUGGUAUGGAUGCGUAUUGAGAGGUGACGCGAACAGCAUCAGUGUGGGAUCUGGAACCAACAUACAGGACAAUUCCCUUGUGCACGUGGCAAAAUCUAAUCUAAGUGGAAAGGUUUUGCCGACAAUCAUUGGCGACAAUGUCACCAUAGGUCACAGUGCUGUAUUACAUGGCUGCACCGUUGAGGACGAGGCUUUUAUUGGGACGGGAGCAAUGUUGCUUGAUGGCUCCAUUGUUGAGAAGAAUGCUAUGGUAGCUGCUGGAGCUCUUGUGAGGCAGAAUACUAAGAUCCCCUCCGGAGAGGUAUGGGGAGGCAAUCCAGCAAAAUUCCUCAGAAAGCUCACUGAUGAAGAGAGAGCUUUCAUAUCUCAGUCUGCCACCAAUUACUCGGACCUUGCACAGGUUCACGUAGCCGAAAAUGCCAAGCCUUUUGAUAGAAUCGAGCUUGAGAAGGCGCUUCGCAAGAAGUUCACUCGCAAGGACGAGGAAGAUGACUCAACGCUCAGUGUUGUUCUUGAAACACCCCCUGAGCUCGUCCACCCCGAUAAAGAUCCCAAGCCUUUGCAGAAAUAAGCCACCCUUUCGUUCAAUCUCGAGUCGUUUUAGCUGAUGAGGAGGAAUAUUUUAGCAUCACAUGCAAAAACACAAAAAGAGUACUCAGCAUAAUAAUAUCGAUCAUCUUCUACAGCAGAAUCAUAGCACUUUGGCUGUUGGUUUUACUGCUCAGGAUGAAACUGACUUCAUAAAGUAGAAUGUAAGUUCUUGAAGAUCCAAUAUUUUUUUUCUCCAAUCAUUUAGCUCAUAUGUUAUUUUGAAGCAUUUGAUGUUAAAAGAGUGUCUGAAAUUGACUUCUACAGUGGUGUGGAAGCUGCUGAGGCUUGGAUUUUACUUCUCACUUUGUUUGUUAAAGUACUUGGACUCGUCGGCAUUUACGUUAUAACAUUAUAUUUCGGAGUAUGAAUAUUUGGUACAGGU